AUGGAUUCCAAUCUCCUCAACCACGACGUUGUAACAGAAAUCCUCUUGCAUCUGCCAUUCACAUCCCUCUUGAGAUUUCGAAGCGUCUGCAAAUCAUGGCGCGAUCACAUCGAUUCUGAAGCUUUCAAAAAAUCGCACAUUCACCACCAUGCCCACGACGACGGCACGCUACUCGUGCAGUUUAGUUUCCGAGAAGACGGAGUUUCAGAACUGUCGAUGUUUAACGGCAAGUUGCACAACAACUCCCUGCCAGCUUCCCAGAAAAUCCUGGACUACCACCUGAAGCUUGGCCUCGACACGAGGGAUGCCGUCCGUCGUACUCUAAUCUCCGGGCCUGCUAACGGCCUGAUCUGCAUCUACUACAGGGCCUCCGACUCACCUGUUGCAGUAUGCAACCCUAGUUUAGGUCUCAUCACUAUCUUGCCACCAAACCCUAGCUCAAUGUCUCAUCGCAUGUUGUGUCGCAACGUCGGGAUUUGGUUCGACGAGGUCGCACAAGAUUACGUGGUGGUGCAGCUGUUGUCGUGCCACAAAAUCGGUUUCCACUUACAUGCGUCGGUAUACUCAAAAGCGACGAAUUCUUGGAGGGGGCUGACCGUCGGCGGCAGCGAUAUUAUUGCUCAUGAUUUGUGUGUUGUCACCCCUAUAAAUUCUCAGCGCAAGAACGGCUCCUUCUCGCACUGGCUAGCGUUUGACAAGGACAGGAAUGAGGUGAUCGUGUCGUUCGACUUCAGGAACGAGGGUUUCCGUGUCUUGGAGAUGGCGGAGUUGGAGACUAUAAAGAGGUAUAGGUAUAUGAAUAUUUUUGCAGAGGGUGAUGACUCUUUUCUCGUGUUCGAUUCCGGUGAUCAGAAAGAGCCGAAGUGGUUGAGCAUAUUUUGGUUGAGAGUGGAGGAGAAUAGGCUGCAAUGGGAUCGCAUGAAGAUAGUUGGACCAUUUGAUGGCCUUGUCAUAACCAAGGCUUUGACUUUGUGUGAGAGGGGUUGUGUUGUUUUGAAGGCUAAGAGCGGGUGUUUACUACUUUAUGAUUAUUGUAAUAAGAAAUGUGUUAAAUGUUUCGAGAUGAAGAGGAAUAAGCCCAAGAUUUUUGAGUAUAGAGGAAGCUUUGUUUUGCCUUAG